GUGUAUCCUCUCGGCUCGGUAGUGAUGACACACAUCAGCAGCAUCAGCUUCUUCCAGAAGUUUCCUCGUACUGUUUUUCAGCUCGGCGACAACACACGGACAGUCCUGUAUGACCACAUUGUUUUAUUUUGUGCGGUUUAAGUUAACUGACAUUCUUUCUCCUCGUCUCAGUUGUCUACGGACUGUGAUAAGUGAGGGAAGCUAACCUUGACCGUUAGCUAACUAGCAGUAACUGUCCGCAGCAGUGACAGCUGAGGCGGCGGCGGUGGUGGAGCGGGCUAACCCGGCCCACAAACGGGACAUCCUGAUGCACUCAACAGAAACUGAAGCAUCUGUGCUGAAAAUGUCUUUAUGAAGUCGAAGAAGAAGUGAGCGGUUAUUGACAUGGGUAAAGAUUACUACAAAGUGCUAGGAAUAGCCAAAGGGGCCUCUGAAGAUGAGAUAAAAAAGGCGUACAGAAAACAGGCCCUGCGCUAUCAUCCCGAUAAAAACAAGUCUCCCGGAUCAGAAGAUAAAUUCAAGGAGAUUGCUGAAGCCUACGAUGUUCUCAGUGAUGCCAAGAAAAAGGACAUUUAUGAUCGCUUUGGAGAAGAAGGAUUAAAGGGUUCUGCUGGCGGUGGAGGUGGAGGUGGAGGACACAGCGGUCAGAGCUACAACUACACUUUCCACGGAGACCCCCAUGCAAUGUUUACUGAGUUCUUCGGUGGCCGCAGCCCUUUCGAUCAUUUCUUCGCACAAAAUGGGGAGGAUGACAUGGACAUCAACAAUCCCUUUGCACCGUUUGGCAUGGGAAGAAUGCGUGGCAUGGACGGGUUUCAAAGAUCCUUUAAAUCCCACCCAGGAGGCCUUCGCAGACCGCACGAGAAGAAGAAGGACCCAUCUGUGAUGCACGAGCUGAAGGUGAGCCUGGAGGAGGUCUUCUCGGGCUGCACCAAAAAAAUGAAGAUUUCCCGCAAGAGACUCAACCCAGACGGCUGCACAGUGCGCAACGAAGACAAGAUCUUAACAGUCGACAUCAAGCGUGGCUGGAAGGAGGGGACGAAAAUCACCUUUCCCAAGGAGGGAGAUGAAACUCCCAGCAACAUUCCUUCUGACGUGGUGUUUGUAGUUAAAGAUAAACCCCACCCGGUGUUCAGAAGAGAGGGCUCGGAUAUAAUCUAUCCUGCAAAAAUAUCACUCCGAGAAGCGUUGUGCGGAUGCACAGUCAACGCCCCGACACUAGACGGCCGGACCAUCACUGUGACCUCCAGAGAUGUUGUCAAACCUGGAAUGAAAAAGCGAAUCGCUGGAGAAGGGCUCCCUCUAUCCAAGUGCCCCGAGAAGAGGGGCGACAUGAUCCUGGACUUCACAGUGACAUUUCCCGACAAACUGGGCCAAAGCACACGAGAUGCACUCAAGCAGAUCCUUCCACCAUGACAUGAAAUGAUAGAAGUUUGCCCCAAAAAUCCAGCAACACAGUCCCCUGUGCAGUUUAGCUUGGACGAUUGAGGCUCAGGGCAGAUUUGGUAUUCAGCUGUUUAAUUUUACCAUCUGAAUACCAAAUCCAUUUUCUUACCCAGCAUCCAGUCAGUUUAUUGAGUGUGUUAAGACUCGGAAACUUGACAGAGCAGCUUACUUUACGUUUCGUGUGUGUGUUUAGCGGAGUAACUGUGUUAAGUAAUAGCCUGCUACAAUGUCAGAUUCAGGCAUGAAAAGUAUAUAGUGUGUAUACAGAUAAUGAUACGAGUUGUCAUGUUAUAGGUUAUGGUUUGGCUGCAAGGAGACGAGUGUAUUUUAAGUUCACUUGGGAUUGUAAUAAACUACAUGAGGAUUUGUUUUCACAGCAGCAGAUUUUGGGAGUGCUUAAAGGGAGCACGCAGCCAGCUAAUUAACAAUCCUCAGGUAGUUUUGAACUACAUUACUCAACAGGACAUUAUUUUUAGUUGCUUUUAGAUAACGUUAUGGCAGUGUGGAUCCUAAAGGCCUUUUUAUGGUUGUGCGUAGAAUCAACGGUGUACCCCCGCAGACCCCUAUGCGUCUACGCCGUAGCCUGAUGUGCACCUUUCGAAAAAUGUUACUACAUGUCGCAGCGACACACGUCACUCGGCCGUGGCUUGGUAGCGUUGCAUUUCUCCCCGACUCAUUUCCUGGUUCUCCUUCUCCAUAAACAACAUGAAAUCAAGAAGAGGGUGAACUUUUCCUGCUACAGAUUUCCCACCUUGGUCAGAAAACACAGGGGUGUCUCUAGAGUCACUAUGACUCUAGAGACAUAGUGCCUCCGCACAACUGUAAACACAUGCCGGCGAGUACUGUCUCUAGAGUCACUAUGACUCUAGAGACAGUACUCGCUCCGAAGCUAAUCGCCGUCACUCUCUCCGUUCUCACCCACUCUCCACACACAGACACAUGCCGGCUCGACGCACACACCAGCGCACAAGUAUAAACAUCAGGCCACUUAGGUAGGCUAUGGCGAAAGCUCUGCGUGGAGCCUCCGCACAACUGUAAAACAGGCAUAAGAGGUAAUCUGAUCCUUGGUAUUGGCAUCAAUACUGACUUUCUGAAGAGGAGCAGUAUCAGCCGGAUGUGACCGAUCAACGUUAAAUAUACUUUUCUUGUCAA